AUGGCGAGAAAGGAAUCAAAAGAUGUUAAGAAAAGAAGAACAAGGAUAAGACCCAUGAAAAUUGCUGCUCUAGUCGUGUCUGCUAUACAGGAUCUUCGUGAAACCAAAGGAUGUACCCCCCAAAAAAUCACAGGAUACAUUAGUUACGCUUCGAACAUACCUGUAAAACGCGUUAAACAACAAGUAAAGGCGGCUCUGAAACGAGGCGUGGAAUACGGUAUUCUGCGAAGAUACCGCGGUCAUUACUUUCUUCCCACUGGCGACGAAUUGGACCGCGCGAAUCGUAUUGCUAUGCGAUUUGCCGGAUUGCCGACGUCCAUGUCGCUGUUUGCCAGGUCAAAAACCAAUUCUACCCGUAAGAUAAAGGACCGCAAGAGACCCCGGGAAAUUGGUAAUAGAGCUCAAAAGAGCAAAAAAGUUCGGAAGACUAGUACCCACUCUAUCUCAGCCAGUCCGAGUUUGACGGACAAAAUUGCCGGCGACGUCGUGUCUGUGACAGAGUGA